UCACCGUAAUCGUCUCAGCCUCAUCAGAGCUGGUAAGUACCCCACAGACACGCCGGCGCGCCGCUCGACUUCCAGCAGGUCCUGGAGGGAUGCUGGUGGGAAUCAGAAGGGAGAUGACAGGGAGGAGAGGAGAAGAGAGGAGAGAGGAGAGGAGGAGAGAGGAGUCGUGCAGGAAAGUAGCAAGGCGAACGUAUCUGGUAAGGCAAAUUUCCAUGUGGUCCUGUCAAGAGCGCUUGACAAGCUGGAACGAACUCUGAUGAGUCCUACUGAGGAGACUGCCGACGUCAGCCAGGGGUCAAAGGCGGCGGGUUCGGGGUCAGAUGUACAGCCAGCGUCCAAGGGGACAAGAACACAAAAACAUCGCAAGGCCGAAGAUUACACCAAGAUGUUCGAUCUUGGCAUCAAUCGGAUCCUGCAGACGAAGGAUACACGACAGCAAGACGAUAGGGCCGCCGCCAUGCUGAUCCCUCGAGCAAACCUCCGGGAGGUCCGUCGUGAGCUGAAAGAGUACCACGAUAACUUCGUCUCACAGCGUCUGCGGUUCUUUGAGGAGAGAACGGACAUGGAAGCGAUGGUAGAUAAGAUUAUCGUCGCCAACAGGUUCGGACAGUUUGGUGCGAGGAGGAUGCAGGUGGCAGGAGUGGAGUUCGAAGAGGACUCUUAGUCUGUCUUGUUCAUAAUUUGUACAGCAAACAACUCAAGGUUUU